UAGAAAACGAACGAGAGAGGAAAAUAUCGACGUAAAUCCUCUGUCAUCGUAUUAAUAGAAAUAUUUAUUAUGUAUUUUUAAUAAGAAAAGAGCCAAGUUAGAAAAGGACCCUAUCAAACAAUGAAAGGAACAGAUUCUCAGCCUGAGAUAGUAGAAGGAUGCAGAUUGCCAGUGUUACUGAGAAAUGGAGAUGGAUGGCACAUGGCAGAAAUUCUUGGAAAGAAAGACCUAAAAGGGAAAAACCUUUACUACAUUCACUAUGAAGACUUCAAUAAGAGGUUGGAUGAAUGGGUCACAGAAGAACGUAUGGACAUUGCUAAGCUUGUACAGCCUUCAAAAGAGGCCAAGACACCAAAAAAAGAAGGGGUCAAAUCUGGAACAGAGUCAAGGCCAUCUAGUCCUGAAAGAGAAGUCGUUAGCACUCCAAAUGGGUCAGCAGCACCUACAACAGGAAACAAAAAAUUCAGCAGCAGCAGCAGGAAAAGAAAAGGGGCUGAUGACUCAGAGAAUAUUGAAUCAGCCACACCAAGUAGAACUAGCACCCCGACUGUCCCGAGUGGGAUUGACCCAUUAGCGACCCCCACGAGCAGUAGGAACAAUACCCCUACGCUUGGCCUCCAACAGCAGAACAAUGUAGCAUUGAAUGAAGAUGGCUCCAAGAAGCCUAGACAGACAGGAAGUAUGGUUGCUCACCAUGACGAUAUAGUAACCAGGAUGAAAAAUGUAGAAAUGAUAGAACUAGGAAAAUACAGAAUUCGUCCCUGGUAUUUUUCUCCCUAUCCUCAGGAAUUGACGUCUUUAUCCAUAGUGUAUAUUUGUGAAUUUUGUCUGAAAUAUGUGAAAAGUAAAAAGUGCUUAGAGAGACAUAUACAAAAGUGCUUACUGCGAUAUCCCCCAGGGAAUGAAAUCUACAGGAAAGGAAACAUAUCAUUUUUCGAAAUUGAUGGAAGGAAAAAUAAAGCAUAUGCUCAGAACCUGUGUCUCUUGGCCAAGCUAUUUCUAGACCACAAAACACUGUAUUAUGACACUGACCCCUUCCUGUUCUACGUGAUGUGUGAACAAGACUGUAAAGGCUACCACAUUGUGGGCUAUUUCUCUAAGGAAAAGGAGUCCACAGAAGACUACAAUGUAGCCUGUAUUUUGACUUUGCCCCCAUUCCAGAAAAAAGGGUUUGGAAAACUUUUGAUAGAAUUCAGUUAUGAGUUGUCCAAGUGUGAAGGAAAGACUGGUUCCCCAGAAAAGCCGCUAUCUGACCUUGGUCUGCUGUCCUAUAGGAGUUAUUGGUCCCAGACCAUCCUGGAGAUUCUCAUCACCAUGACGCCCUCAGAGGGCAACGAUCGGCCCGUCAUCACCAUCAAUGAUAUCUCGGAGAUGACAAGCAUCAAGAAAGAGGAUGUGAUUUCCACCUUACAACACCUGAACCUGAUCAACUACUACAAGGGACAGUACAUCAUCACCUUAUCUCACGAACAGAUCGACACCCAGAACAAGGCCAUGGAGAAACGCAAAGUACGAAUCGACCCCAAGUGUCUGCACUGGCAACCCAAGGACUGGAGCAAGCGGGGCAAGUGGUGAGAGGAGUCAGGACUUGGGGGGAAAUAUGUAUGCAAGAGGUGGUGUAAAGUUAGAAGUCAUAAUGAAUGAACUUGUGGCUCAUGAUGAGCUCCAAGCUAAGUGAUUUGGAGUUUGAGGAGGGUACUAUUCAUCUAUAGCUUGAUUGGAAAGCCAAUACCAAGCAAAUAAUGAAAUUAUUUAUAUGGUUUAUCUCUUUCUCUGAUGUUUAUUGGUAUGCAGAGAUAAAGGAACACAACUGUAUUUGCACAUGCAGUGGCAGUUUGCAACUGCCCAAGAUUCUUGAUACAUGUACAUGUACCGGAAAUGGAGUUUUUUGGGGGGGUUAUAUAAAUUUAGAAUCUCAACCCUAUGUAGAAAUACAGGUAGUUCACAAGAACUAUUUGAUGAAAUAAUGUAGUGUGCAAGAUGUGUAUCUAUAGCUUGAUAUUUGAACAUUUGUUUUAUACUCAUCAAGCAAUUCCUUGUAAUCCAUGCAAAUGAAAUAAACUUACAAAAAUCUUGA